UUUGACGUCACAAGACCUCUGGUCGGAAUUGACACCACCUCCGAUCUUCUGGGCUUCGACUUCACUAACAAAGAUUCGUCUUCUUCUUCGACCCAUCAAUCGAGCAAAGGAACCAGUGAUAAGACUAAGAAAAGGAGCACAGUUGGAGUAGAUCAAAGCAAGGGUAAAAAGAAAACGGCCAGAAAAAAUAUUUACAGGGGCAUCAGACAGAGGGCAUGGGGGAAGUGGGCUGCUGAGAUACGUGACCCGCGGAAAGGGGUUCGAGUCUGGCUUGGAACUUACAACACCGCCGAAGAGGCUGCCAUGGCUUACGUCGUGGCUGCAAAGAGAAUCCGAGGCGACAAAGCCAAGUUGAAUUUCGUUGAACAAACACCAUUAGUUCCAACACCACCGCCACCCAUUUCGUUGAACAAACACCAUUGAUCCAGAACCAGCGGAGUCAGUGGGGAGUGUAGAAUCGGAAGCAUUUGAUCUUUGGUUAUUAGACGACGUUCCCUUCACACCUCAUUGUCACAUGGUUUACUGAAGAAAAGAGAGUUUCUGUCGCCAUGCGUCAAUCGUGGGAUGCCACUCGUCUUAAAUUUUGCUACAGUUUCCGAUAGAUAGAGGUAGGCGGAGACGGCAAAGGCAGACGAAGGACUACCAGAGGUUAUCGGAGGCGGCGGCAGGUAGCGGCAAUGAUGAGAAAGAAGAUAAGCAGUGUUUUGCAUAAUCCCUAAAUUAAUUCACAUCGAAAAUGGUACAUGGAUCAAUUGCCGAAGGAAGUGGGUGACAUUUUGC